CUGAAUCGAGCCUCGUUUUUGGAGGACGCCUUCAGACAGCUGGCGGCCGCUCGUCCCGCCGAUCUGAAGAAACCCCUUUUUGUCUACUUCGACGGAGACCCAAAGAUCACAAAUGUCUACAGACAGGACUUCUUCCACCAGCUGUUCAGAAACAUCGUGCAAGCCAAACCCCACAUGUUCCUGCAAAACCAGACAGAUUUCUACCUGUUCGGGAUCCUGUGCGGACUGGCCCUGUACAACAAGAGCAUCAUACACUCCCACUUCCCUCUGGCUCUGUUCAAGAAGCUGCUCCACGUGGAGCCCACGCUGGAGGACAUGAUGGAGUUCGAGCCCGAAGUUGGAAAGAGCCUGCAGGCCGUCCUGAGCAGUGAGGACGACCCCGACAUCGACUUCGUGUUUGUGGCGGCCUACGUGUCGCACGCCUUCGGCUCGGCGGCGUUCGGCCAUUUUGAGCGCGGCUUCUUCCAGAUGUGCGACCGGGGGCUGAACGCACAAUACGACGGGUUCUACUAUCAGAGUCACCCCAACAUCCUCCGGUUCUGGGAGGUUUUCAACAAGCUGGAGGAAGAAAAGAAGAAAGACUUCCUUUGGUUCCUGACAGGCUUUCGGAGGGUUCCCAUCCUGGGAAUGGCUGAGGUCAGGAUGACGGUUCGGCUCCAAGGAGUCCUGACCGGUUCCCCUGACGAGCAUCGCCCCGAGGCCCUGACCUGCUACUCCUACCUGGAGCUGCCUCUGUACUCCAGCAAAGCCGUCAUGAGGAAGAAGCUGAUGGAGGCUUUGGACCCAGAGCGAGGAUUCAGAGCCGAACGCUGA